AUGGAUGGCGCAGGUAACCAGGAAGAUGACCCCCGAAUCGGCAGCUCGCUCGACAACUCGUCGUCGGCCACCAUCACGGGCAUCAGCUCUGGCUCCAACUCGGCCUCCAUCUCGGCGCUGUUCACGACGUUGAUUCCCGUCUCCAUUUACGUCGGCGUGUGCCUGGCCAUUUUCCUGGUCCUGCGCCGCAAGUGCCCGCGAGUUUAUGCGCCGCGCACCUUUCUCUCGAGCCUGCACCCUUACGAGCGCACGCCCUCCCUGCCCGGCACGUGGUUCACCUGGUUCAAGGCCUUUUGGCAGCUUCCCGAUGCCUACGUGCUCAACCACUCGUCGGUCGACGGGUUCCUGUUCCUGCGGUUCCUCAGAGUGGUCCGCAACAUCUGCCUUUGCGGGUGCUGCCUGACGUGGCCGAUCCUGCUGCCGUUGCACAUCUGCGGGGGCGGGGCCGGCGAGCAGCUGGACCGCCUGACGUUUGGCAACGUUAACGACGACCACAAGGGCUGGUUCUUCGCCCACGGCGUCGUGGCCUGGCUGUUCUUCGGCUUCGUCCUGUACACCGUCUGCCGCGAAUGCAUCUACGCCAUCAACCUGCGGCAGGCAUACCUCCUCAGCCCCUUCUACGCCGACCGCCUGUCGUCGCGCACCGUGCUCUUCACCUGCGUGCCCGAGCCGCUGCUGGACGAGGCCAAGCUGCGCAAGGUCUUCGGCGACGCCGUCAAGACCGUGUGGAUCCCCAAGACGUCGUGGGAGCUGGAGCGGCUGGUGCGUGAGCGAGACCAGACGGCGUCACGCCUGCAAGAUGCAGAACUCGAGCUCGUGCGGAAGACGAACCUGGCCUACCGCCGCAUCGUCGCGAAGAACGGCGGCCACCCCGACAUCGCGGUCCCAAGGCCGGACAGCAGCAACAUCGACCUCGAGAACGGCUCGGUAGAGCGCGAGCGCGUGCACACGGCGACGACGACCAGCGCCAGCACCGAGAGCGGGGAUGAGAAGAAAGACGACGACCACCAUACCGCCAGCGGCGGCGUGGAGCCAGUGAAGUUCGGCCCAGACGGACCGCCCUUCGACGUCCCCGGCUCCAUCGCAGCGCAGUGGAUCCCGCAGGAAGACCGGCCGUGGCACCGGCCACUGGCGAAUUACGGGCGGCGCGUCGACACGAUCCGGUGGACGCGUAAGCGGCUGAAGAAGCUGGGCAAGGAGAUCGCGAAGGUGCGGAAGCGGGUGAACCGGGGCGACGUGGGCAGUCCGAUGCCCGCGGCCUUCGUCGAGUUCACGUCGCAGAACGAGGCGCAGAUCGCGUACCAGUCGCUCGCGCACCACCGGCCGUCGCACAUGUCGCAGCGGUACAUCGGUGUGCGGCCCUACGAGAUUAUCUGGUUCUCGCUAAGAAUGCGGUGGUGGGAGAGGAUUAUAAGGCGGACGGGAAUCAUGACGGCGACGGCGCUGAUGACGGUGUUCUGUUUUCUGGCUGAGAGCAUUCCGUUCCUGAGCUGGAUCGAAUUGCUUCCCGAGACGCUUCUCGGCUUUUUGACGGGACUGCUGCCUGCAUUUGCUCUGUCUAUGCUGAUGGCUAUUGUCCCGGGCAUUCUGAGAGUGCUUGCAAGAGUGGCAGGUGUACCAUCCCUCACCCACGUCGAAAUGUUCACUCAGCGCGCCUAUUUCGGAUUCCAAGUCCUCCAAGUCUUCCUCGUCACGACCUUCACGUCCUCGGCCUCGGCGUCCAUAACAUCCAUCAUCAACGACCCAAUGUCAGCUCGCAGCCUGCUGGCCACCUGUCUCCCGAAGGCGUCCAACUUCUAUCUCUCCUACAUGAUCAUCCAAUGUCUCGGCAAGGGGGCAAGCGACAUCGUCCACCUCUCGGCCAUCUUCAAAUACUACAUCGCCCAGCGCUUCGGCCGCAACCCCAAGAUCAUGUACAGGCGCUGGCACCGGAUGCGGCCGGUGCACUGGGGCGGCAUCAUGCCCGUCUUCAUCAACCUGGGCGUCAUCGCCAUCAGCUACUCGGUCAUCGCGCCGCUGAUCCUGGGCUUCACGGCGCUGGGCUGCUCCAUCAUGCACGCCGUCUUCAAGUACAACCUGCUUUAUGUGUAUUCGUCCGAGAUCGACACGCGCGGCCUGUCGUACAUCCUGGCCCUCAAGCAGCUGCUGACGGGCCUGUAUCUCGCUGAGGUGUGUUUGCUGGGCUUGUUUGCCCUGCGCCUCACCUUUGGCCCCGUCGUCAUGAUGUUCAUCAGCAUCACCACCACGGCCGUCAUCCACAUCUCGCUCAACGAGGCCGUCGGCCCGCUGCUCGACAACCUGCCGCGCACGCUGUCGUCGAAUGGAAAGACUGGGGAUGCGGCUGCCAACGACGACGGGAAGGCAGAGGACUCGCAGUCCCUGCUCCACCCGGGCUUUGGCGACCUGCCGUUCGACUAUCCGCCGUUCGAGCCGCCGAGCGCGAACCCGCCGUUCGACGACGAACCGAUACAGGAAGAAGAGCCGGAGACGAUCCACGUCUCGAACGGCACGCGGUCCCGCUCGUCCCCCUUGCCGAAGAAAACACCAACUUCGAAAGACGAAGAAGCCGACUCCUACUCCUCCGACUCGGACUCCGACUCCGACUCCCUCCCCGCCCGCCGCCGCCGCCGCAAGAAGAACAACCCCAACAACGCCCGCGCCCUCGAAGGCGCCGAAGGCCUCGCCGCCACAACCCUCGACCUCCUCAAGCUCAUCGCCCGCGUGCACUUCUCAUCGAACCCCCCGGAGGACCCAGGCAACCCCCCCUCAUCCUCCCCCCUCGACCCAGACCAACAACCACCCCCGGAAAAGCCGAAGCCUUCAACCGCCGAAAAAACCGCCCGCGACGCCCUCGCCACCGCCCAAGCCGCGUCCUCCCUCCUCGCCACCCUCAUCUCGCCGCCGCCGCCGCCGCUGCCGCCUGCCCUCGGCGGACCGCAGUUGAGCGUCGUCGAGCAGGUUAAGCAUAAGACGGGCGAGAUGCCUGACGUCUCGGGGCGCGGGCCUUCUGCCUGGCCGCCGUCCCCGGCCGCGACCGCAGAGCCCGACGGCAGCGGCAACGACGGUAGUAACGACGCAGCCGCCGCCACCACCGACGACCCAGACGCAGCGAAGGAGGACGAAGCGGACGCAGAGUAUAAACGCCUCCAACGCUUCUUCGCCGACGCGUACGCCUCGCCCGCCAUGGAAGUGGCGCAUACAGGGAAAGUGUCCGGGGUGGGGUUGGAGAGGACGUGGGAGAGUCUUGUGGCUGAGGGCGCUGGAGAGGGAGGUGGUGGGAAGACGUGGUUUAGGGAUGGGGAGUUGGAUUGGGGGAGGUGGCGGUGGUGGUGA